AUGCCCCCCCUACGACCCGUCGCCCCCCUGAGGUCCCUGGGCACGGAGGCGCUGGCGGAGGCACUGACGGCGGCCUUCGUGAAAGCGGUUGGGGGGACGCCGCUGCAGGGGAAGAAGAAGAGAAGGAGGAAGAGGAGAAAGAAAGAAGGAAGGGAGAGAAAUAAUACCUUUUUCCUCCUUUCUCUCUUGCCCUUUCUUCAGGUAAAAACAAACAGAAGAGAAGAAGGAGAAAGAAGAAGAAGAAAAAGCAUAGCAGACGAGAGAGGAAGAAGAGAAGAAGGAAGAGGAGGAGGAGGAGGAGGGACACCACAUCCCACCACCACCACCAUCUACAGCGCCCCCACCACCGCCGCCGCCGCAGGACAAAUCAACAAAGUGCAGCGCUACCUUGGCGAGUCAGUCCCUAAGAGCCAGCGCCAGGCUCUCCUCCACCUCGUGCUCCUCAAGGUAUCCGAGACGCUCACCACAACCACACGCUCAAAAUCACGCAAUAGGGACGAUCCGGGCUUCGAACUCAGCAUCAGUCGGCUGCAACGCGCGCUAAGCUACACGCUGGACGCUCUCCUGACCUCGACCGUGACCUUUCUUGACCUGACGCCGCUCCAGCAUCAGGUUAUCAAGUUCAUGUCGACGUGUAGGCUUAACAACAGCAACCCAGCUCUAACGGACAAGAUCAACCCAACACGUCUUGAGAAUAUGCUCCUAAUCGCGAUCGGUGAAAACGCGAAACAUCUGGGCAACUUAAGUACACUCCUAUGGCCUCACUUGGUCACCGGGGAGGUCAUCAGACUCAUCGGCGGGCAUUGCAAGUCGCUGAAAAGGCUUGAGUUGGCGUGUACGUGUGAUUCAACCUUCGCCAUGAACUAUGUCAAGGUGGAUCCGAAUUUCGCUAAGCAGGAGCGGGCGCUGGUCUCCUCCCUCGGCGCGCUGUACGAUAGAGCCCCAGGGGAUUUUAGCGGGAAUAGACCAGCGGGGUGUCCGUCAUUGCGUAAAUUGGUGCUUCCUCGCGUAGAUGAUGAGGAUGGUCAGCUGGCAUCGCAUAUCACACGCGCGCUAUGCUCCCUAAAAGACCUGGAAGCCAUAACCGGAGCCCCCAUGUUGGUCUCCCUUCAGAGGCUCAAAGGGGAAAGGAGUGCGCCUGGUUCUCUAUCCCUGACGCAUUUGAGUGAUAUCGACACAUAUAACCGUAGACCACUCCCUGAUGUGUCCUACCUAUCCCGUGUGGCGCCUAAACUAUCCUCCAUUGAGUUAAUUACAUCAGAAGGGGUGAUCAAGGCUGUUACAAGCGCUUUCCCGAUGGUGAAUUCCUUAAGUAUCUGCCAAACGGAUUUUCAUGAGGUCGCGCGUCGGUUCAAGAAUCUCCGUCAUUUGGAUAUUAAUUUAGAGUUCCAGGUGGCGUGGCCUUUAUUGCAGGCUUUAAGUAAGGGCCGGCUGCCUCUGACCUCUCUUACGCUACGCCAUUCAACAUUUCAAAUAGGGGGAGAAGGUGAGGCGGACUUUGUUAUUGCUGAUGAUGGCGACGAUGAUGGGGUGUCCGCCUUGCCAACGGUGCGGCUUCCUACCCUGACCUCAUUUACGCUCAUUCGCUCCAGUUUCAUCGAGUUUAACGCCAUGAAAGCCCUUGUAAGUGGGACGCCGAACCUAUCCACACUUACUAUCACUCUUUCAGACGAUAGGAAUUACGCGGUUGAUGAGUUCCACGAUGAUUUGAUACGGGUUGUCUCUCCUCUCCUCCCUGCCCUCACCUCCUUCACGGCAGAAUGUCAAUAUAAAACCAACUUGUAUAAUCAGUCUAAUUGCCUCCUAACGAUGGCUUCCGCGGAGGCUUUGUUUGUUAACUGUCCUAGGCUGUCCUUCCUCGGCCAUCUGGAUGUGUGGAAUGUCAAUGAGAUGGACGUGAAAAGGUUAAACAAGAGGAUUAGAGAGAGUAACUGGGAUCUGCAGGUUGUCUAAGAGAGAGGCGGUGAUGGUGGCGGUGUCAAA